AUGUAAUGUCAGAAGUUAUUGAAAAUGCUUAGCACUUGCAAUAGAACUUUUGAGUGGUCAGUUGAAUUGAAUGUGUGAUGUCAGUGGGUGGAGCCUAGCAGAUUUAAUUAUAUUUAAUGUAUGCAGGCCAUCUGGGGGAUUAAAACAUCUGGUCUAUAUGCAGAGACUAGCUAUUUGUUACCUACUGCUGCUACCACUGCCACCACAACCUUGAAAACUCUGGAUAUAUUCACAGUGCUCUGAUAAACUCUAAGACAAUCAGUAGUAACUGAUGUGUACUGACGCUUGGAACUAUAAUUUUUGGCACCAUACUUAUUGAGCACCCAUUUAUACACUUGGAACUGAACUACUGUGAUUUCAAAGUGAAUGAUGUAACGCUAUUGUACCGAAGGUGAGAAGAAUCAAACGGUCAUGUGAGUUGAACCAACGCUUCUCCUCAACGCAAAAGAAUUCUACAUUUGUCAUAGCAACAAAAACGAUUGACUGCUUGUACUAAACACUUUUAUGACAUUCAAACAUGGAUUUGAUGUCUAUGAAAUCCUCCAGACGCAAACAAAGUAAACCAAUACGGGUAUCAUACAGUGAUGACUCUGAAAUGCCAUUGGCUCCUCAAGCCCAGCCUGAGGAAGAACUAGUGAACGGUGACAGCAUUGAGUCGAGUGACGUCGAACACGAGAAGGAAAAUAAGUUUGGUGAAUCUCUGGAGCGAUUUGGUGAAAACAAAGACAAUCGUGAAAUGUCUAGUCCUAUGAAUCUUGCCAUGCGUGAGUCAGCAUUUCCCACUGCAUACCACAGACUGGCCAGUGAGUUCUCUAUGAAGAACGUGUUCGUGCCCAAUGGGCACAAUAAUAGUGUAAUGGAGGGGGAAAAUAACAUUGAUAAGAAUGGUAAUGAUAUGGUUGAUGGUGAAUAUGAUGUGAAGGGCGAUGGUGAAAAGCCCAAGGACAGGUCAGGAAUUUUUCAUCCUGAUGCUUAUUGUGAGCUGUGUGACAAAGAAUUUUGUAACAAGUACUUUCUGAAAACACAUAAAGCUAACAAGCAUGGCAUAUAUGAGAACAGUUCAUCGCCAUUUGCUCCGAGUGUCAACCCACUUCCACCAAGCAUGGUACUACCUCAGGACUACUCUAAUUUGCCCUUCAAACUUAACAUGGACUAUCAGCUACCUCCACUGAAGCCUAAUGGGAUUCCCCCAAAGCCUCCUACGCCUCAGCUUACGCCCCCAAGCAUACUACCGGCGUCGCCACCUCGUCAGUCUCCACCGAUGUCGCAGUCGCUAAGCCAGACCCAAGUGAAGCCAAGCCCAGCCCCAUCACCAUUGAUGACGCCAACUAAGCCAAAGUCUGACACUUCCUCAACUGCUGGCUCAGAGAAUGGAGACAAGAAAACAGGCCAGGAUAUGGAGGACUUCUGUGAGAUCUGCCAAAAGCACUUCUGCAAUAAGUACUACCUCAAAAAGCACAAGAAUGAUGUCCAUGGUAUUGCUCCACCCGAUACGCCUAUGUUGGGUAAACGUGGUGGCCGACCCCCAAACUCAGAAAUCAAGCUUCCAGCAACUCCUGUCACAUCAGACUCUCCCCUUAUACCUCAUUCUCUUGCCAACUUGCCUGGCUUGCCAAACAUGCCUGGUGUCAUGGUGCUGAACCCAUUCUUGCCGCCGAUGCUGUUCCCAGGGGGGAUGCACGGCCCGAUGCCACCGAGACCUCCUCACCUCCAGCUGAACUCUCCACUUCAAUAUUCCGGAAGUGCUGCCAUGCCAGCUUCCUCAAUGAGUGAUUCCAAGUCAUUUUCUCCAGGCUCUUCCUCAUCUGCUACCUCAGCCUCCCCAUCAGGAGGCAUCUCUGCAGAGGCUCUCAGAAACAUCGGUAUUCCCAUCCCAGAUGGAGCAAGCCCCAAUGAUGCUCUACGUAGAAUGGGCCUCAUGAGUCCUGAUGGUCAGAUCACCAGUGAUAUCCUCAGAGGGAUGGGUGUUCUUGGUGAAGAGACAUUCUGUGACAUCUGCCGAAAAGAGUUCUGCAAUAAAUAUUUCCUAAAGAUACACAAGGCUAACAAGCAUGGUAUCUACACUGACGAGCCACUGAUGCCUCCGUCCAUGGCUGGUGCCAUGAACAUGAGUUUGCCUACAAAGUCUAGUGAUUCAACCGCAAUUACCUCAGAACCUAAUCGUUCAAGUGAUAAAGAACGUGCAAAAGACAAUAAUUAUGAAGGCAAUAAGCCAGAUUCUAGUCCUAAAGCUGCAACAACCCCUGUGUCUCAGCCGUCAGAGUUCCUCACUCACUGCAAUCUGUGUAGCCAGGAGUUCGCCAGCAAGUACGCAUACAGGAUUCAUCGUAUUCAGGCCCACGGAAUGAUCAACGAGCCCUUCAAUGAGGCAGAGCUUGCAGAAGAGGCAUUCCGUCUGCACAAUGGUGAACUCCCCAAGCAUGUUAGUGCAAAAAUAGCUGAAGAGAUAUCUGCAAUGGAGCGAAACACUGAGGCAUCUGGCUUCUCCACAAUGUUUGGCAGUAUGGUUGCGGCGAAACUAGCUGAUCGUGUAACAUGUGAAAUUUGUAAUAAGGAACUUUGCAAUAAGUAUUUCCUUAAAGUGCAUAAGAUGAAAGUGCAUGGGAUUGAUAUACAAUCUCAAGACAGAUCACCGAAGCCUGGAACGACCAUGCAACAGAGUGAACGUCCUAUGCUGCCGAAGCUAGAUUUCAGCCCAUCUGCAGGAAGCAGGAUGGACUUCAACAGCUUUGCGCGUACGUUCAAUCUGAAACCUGAGCCAAAAGAUCUAAACCUAUCCCGACCAAAUUCAACCACCUCACUUGACAAUCCAAAUCAGUCUGUUGAACGACCAUCAAAUGAUGAGCUUGUUAAGAUGGGAAUGGACCCAGAAGCUUACUGUGAAAUCUGCAAAAAGGAGUUCUGCAGCAAAUAUUUCCUGCGGACACACAAACAGAACAUUCACGGUAUCCCGCCGAAAACUGAAAGCCAGGAGAAAUCUUACCCUAUGCCAUCAGUUCCAUCAAUGAUGUCAUCGAUGGCAUCGUCUAUGGCAUCAUCAAUGGCGUCGUCGAUGAUGGCUCCGCACCUUGCUCUGUCCACACCACUUCUACCGACCAGCUUUAUGUCCAUGUCUAGCAUGCAACCUUAUGGACAGGCCAAACCCAUGAACCUGUCCUCAAGCUCUGGUUUCCUUGGCAACAGUUUCGGUGGGCGAUCCAAAAGUGGUCCAGGUAGUGUGGGAAAGCUGAAGGAGCCUCAAAACUCUGCGCGUGUAACAUGUGAGCUGUGCAGUAAAGAACUCUGUAAUAAGUAUUUCCUACGCACCCACAAGAUCAACAAACAUGGUAUCCUGCCAGAAGAUCUAUCUCCAUGUGCUAGUCAGAACAUGUCUCCUAAUACCUCAGAUAUAGAAACUGCCAGUAACUCUUCCUUCCCAAUGGAUGCAACCCAUGACAAGGGACUGCAGAGCCCAAAAUUGAACCUGGAAAACUCCAAGCUUUUUACCAACAGGAUUGAUGACGGCCCAAUGCAUUUUCCUGAGGCUCUCAACCUGAAAAUGAGAGCAGAAAUUGAUCGCUAUGGAAACAACAAUGAGACUGAAACUUGCCACCUCUGCAGUCGAAAGUUCAAGAGCUCAAAAUGGCUUAAACAACACAUUCUUAAAGAUCACGCUGGUCUUACAGCUCUCUCACCUACGAUGGAGAAAGCCUUCAAUCUUGGCGGACGCUAUGCACCACUCGAACUACGCACCUGUUCUGUUUGCAGCAUUGUAUUCCCAAGCGAAAUGUCCAUGCAGUUACAUAUGAUCCAAGAGCAUAAUGCUCAAGUGACAAUUAAAACAGAGGGUUCUACACAGCCAGGCAAUGACUAUGAAUCUCGAGGCCAAUUCUCAGGGACUGUUAAAAAGUAUGGCCUUAAGCCGCGUUUCACCUUUUCCGUGAAGCAGAAAUCAUACAAUUGUUCUGUAUGCAACCACAGCAGCAAAUGGUUGUCAAACAUUCUCUCCCAUGAAAGGUUGGUUCAUGGUAUUGAUCAUAACACAAGAAAGCUUCAAUGCAAAUCUUGCCGAAAAUUGUUCAGAAAGAGCCGCAUCCUACGCCUUCACAUGAUGAAGGUCCAUGGAGACUAUUCAAUGAAUGAGAGUCCACAGAAGCAGUAUCGCUGCACAACUUGCAGCCAGUCAUUCCCGACACCACUGCAAUGUCACCAGCACAUCAGAAAGGAUCACAUUCGGGGUCACAGCUUCCGUGUUAACAACCAUCGCAGUAAUGUCCGACACAAGUGCUCGAGGUGCAGUUUCAGCACCCGAUUCCGCAAGCAGUUCCAACGCCACGUGAUGCGCUGUCAGGUUGCUAAGAAGGUAAACAGCCAACCUGGUAUGUUCGAGGAGCACAACACUUCAGGGAAAAACAAUCAUGCCUCUCUAAACAUUCAUGCAGAGGCUCUGAAUGGAUGUGAUGAUUACACGAUGCAGACUUUCCAGAUUAAACAGUGCAAUGGUGAUGGUGUGUUUGUGACCUCCAUUGUGGAAAUGCCCGUUCUAAAGAAACUGAAAGAUUCAACCUCGGUUUCCUUCAUGGUCACUCCCGUGGAUGGACAGUGAUGGCCUGUAGUGGACAAAAGUGCAAUGGUCAGUGGGAAGGCGAAUCUCAGACAAUGAUAUUUAACAGGGAGAUGUUUGCAGUGGUCGGCAUGCAUGUUCCCUACUUAUACACUAUGUGCAAUCUUUCAUAUUGUUGUUGACAUUGUUCAGUUUAUUAUGUUAAUAUAUUUGCUUUAAAGACAAUUUUUGACUGUAUCGUUCUUGAAGUUAAUGUAUAUUUGUCAUUUUAUUGUUUAAUAGUAGCAAGUAGUAAACAUAUUAUGCGUAAUAUUUAUUGAUUCAUACUGCCUAAAACUAUGGUUUGGGGUGUCCUAAGUUAUUUUCCAUUGCCAAAUUGAUUCCUUGUCAAAUAAGCGAUUUUGAAUUACAUGUACAUGUACACUGUUUAUUUAUAUGCUAAUUAGAGAUGUUUUGUUUGAAUGUAUAUUGACUGUUGUGUCUAUUGAUACCUGAUUUUCAAGGUAAUAUUUUUGAAUGUAAGGUGAGUUAUUCAAUGAAAAUAAUUGGUAUUUUAAAAGUAUUAUUAUUCAAAAGAGUUAAGACGGAUUAAUAUUGAAUAUUGUGUACUUUUGUAAAAAUAACACUGCAAUUUUGUAUGACUGAGCAUAAAUAUUACCAACUUACAAUGUUGAAAUUGAUCAGUAUUAUUUGACUAUGGCGUAUAAGAUUACAUUGUUAUAGAGCAAUAUGCUACUUGUAAAUGUCUGUAUAUAGUCUAUAUACACGCCUCCCUAUGAUCAGUAAGUGUACAUCACUUGGAAAAACUCCUGCUUUAUGCCACUCAAGUUACAUUGAAACUAAAAUGAUGUAUAAUUUACAUUAUAUUUACAUUUAAUCUCCCAUAAAUUCCCCCCAAGAGAGACAAAUUUUCCUAUUAUAUGUAAGAAACUGGUAAUGUAAUGGAGCAGUCCUUAAAAUAACCAUUAUCAUAGUCGUUUAGUUUAUUGACCAAUAUCUACAUUCAAGAAAAUUGUUCAUAUUUCAGAAGUUUUUGGCUCUCAAAUUUCUGUGAAGUUAUUAUAACUGAAUUGAAGACCAUUUAUUGAUCAGGAACCAGACUUUUUUAUGGCAUGAAAAUGGCUUUUGACUGUCAAUUUUUCUCAGACAUCAUAAAAAGGUUAAUAUGUUUAGAUUUUGGCUCUGAUUAUAUAGUGAUGUGUAUUGUCCAUUUCAAAUUGUUGGAUGUUUUGUAAUACAACUCCGUUCUAAGUGUUGUUCUGAAUUCCAACUUUUUGUGAUAAAUAUUCGCAAACUCUUUAACACCCUGUAAUAUGCCUUUUGAAGUAUUCAUAUUUUCUUUGAAUAUAUGUUUGAAGCAAUAUUGAAUUAACUGACAGUUAAAGGUGUGUUGCUCCAGUCAGGAUAUGCAUUUUGUGCAGCUAUUUUUCCAAGAAUAAUUCCAUUUAUGUUCUUUGAAUGUGUUAUUUUUAACUUUUAUCAACUUGAAAUGCUUCAACUCAUCCGUUACCCAUUCUGUUUCCAUUGUUCCAUUGAAAAUCUCAGAAUCUUUGCCUCAUAUCCAUUUUUCAAUUCCAUUUCAAAUUUUUUUAGGAGGUUUUUCCAUUUGCAUUAAUCUCUUAUCAGAUUUGAGUUUGAAUUUUGAUGUUUGAAACACAUACACGGUCGUUAUUUAUAGGGGAUAAUAUCUUAAGUAUUGCUGUUGUUUUGAGUAAUUAUUAAAUUGUGUUGUUUUGCGUAGUUAUUUAUAAAUGGAGCAACAAAGACGAUACUCAUCUGAGAAAUCAUCGGAGAGUACGGUUUUGUGUUUAGGAUAUAGACUUAACUUAGUUUUGAAUAUACAUGUACCUCGAUAUGAAAAUCAAUUAGUCGAAUUCAAAAGUAAAAGUUAACUAACCAGGUUUUUGUUUCUCAUCAGCAAAUUAUUAUUUUGGUUUAGAAGAACAUGCCAUUUAUUUUUUGUAAAUGCCAAUAAAAUUUCAAUACAGAAUAUGUUGUUGAUGAAAAUAGGUUACAUUUUAAAUAAAAGCAGUUUUUCAACAUUAUUUUCAUUUAUUUUUUUAAAAUAGAAAAAAAUGUUUAGUGGGCUUGUUGAUUUGAUUUUGGUAUUUUCACAUUCAAAGUAGUGCUUAUUGUUAUACACAGGUUAAAGGCCUUAAUGUUAUAAAAUCUUAUUUUUUUCGGCCAUUGAUUUUGAAAUGAUGCUUCCUUUAUUUAAAAAAGCCGUUUGUGUUCCAAUCAAUAUACCUAUAUUCUGGUAUUUAACUUUCUUGAUUUUAACUGUUAAAAAUACAAGUGUAUACUUUAUCCAAUUUGCAUUUUUUCACUAUGUGUUCAAUUCAACUUGUGUGCAUGUGUGUAAAUUUUAUUUUUGUCGAAAAAGAAAAAAAGUAAAAUGCUGUGCUCUGUUAAUUUAGCUAUUUAAUUAUUGAUGUAUAUUACGCAGCAUUUUCUUUUUUUAUUUCUCGACCUUUUCCCUGUGUGAUUUGACAUGGAUUGUUUUAUUUUGAUUUAUAAUUACAAUUAAUAUAUUUUACAUAAAUGUCACUUUGUUGAAAU